AUGACUACUAAAGCUGGUCCUUUCUCAUUACUACUGUUGGCACUUACAAUCUAUAUCAGGGGAGAACUCUUCAACCCAGGAGAGAAAAUUUGUUGCAAUAAUACCCUACAUUAUAAGCAGGAUAGUGUGUGCUGUGGAAACAAACUGUACAAAUCCCCGGCUUACUCCUUCGUCUGUUGCGGAGGAACCAUCUUUAAUGCAACACAAGUUACUGUAUCGGCAAUAAGCCCAUUUGCACUGGAAAUUUGUAAUAAUCCACAGAAUAGAUAUGAUCCAAACAUUCAGGUCUGCUGCAAUGAUACAGUUAUCAAAAAACAAGAGUUCGAGUCUUGUUGUCAGGGUGCAGCUCAAAUGUACAACAAAAGUUCUCACAUCUGCUGUGGAAACGAGACCCUCCCAAAAUGGAGCAAUGGUGUCGAAAGAACAUGCUGUGGCAGUCGAUUGUACAAUGUAACCCAAAAUAUGGAUUGCUGUGGUGAAGAAGAAAUGGACACAACUACACAUUUCUGUUGUAAAAAUCAAACAUCUGUAAAGUCUGACAGCAUGGACUGUUGUUUAACAGAGCCUUACAAUACCACUACUCAUCACUGUGUUCAUGAUCGGGUUAUACUAUUGAACGAGAAUUUUUGUGGUUCUAUUUUAUACAAUACAGAAUCAUCUAUGAAGUGUUGUGAUGAGAAACUUCACAACACAUCAACAUUCAAUGUCCCAACUGAAUGUUGUGGGAUAGAGUUAUAUUCUAAACCCUCUGAAAAAUGCUGCAAAGGGCCAAAUCUGCCAGUCCCUAUAGAGGAAGAAUGUUGCGGACAUGUCACCCUGACGAUAUUAAAUACGUGUAUCAAUGGGAAAGAAAUUUGUUAUAGAAAUGGCACUUUGACAACUUAUGAUCCAAAUAUCUCUAUCUGCUGUGGCGGAAAGGUCUCUAGAAAACAGGAUUCAAUGUCUUGCUGUCGAGAAAAUAAGAUUUGCUGUGGCGACAUUCAGAUCAACAAAUCAACACAUUUCUGUUGUACAAACAAGCCAGGUCUAAAAUCUAGUGGUAUGGACUGCUGUUUUGGUGAACCGUUCAACCCGACAACACACCGCUGCGAAGAUGACAGAGUGAUACAGUUGACAAAAGGUUUAUGUGGUGAUACUUCUUACGAUGUGAAAUCAAGCAUGAAAUGCUGCGAUGAGAAACUUCACAACAUUUCAAAGAUCAAAGACCCUGUUGAGUGUUGCGGAAAAGAGCUGUAUUCCAUAUUCUCACAACAAUGCUGCAAAGGAACCAACUUUCGAGCCCCCAAAGACGAACAAUGUUGUGGACAAGGUACUCCGAAAGUUACCACCUUUGAUAUAUUUCUAAAGGAUACUUUAGUUUGA